GGGCGGCAACCCUGAGAAGGGGACCCUCAGGUAGUUAGUUGCGGAUUUCCCAGUCCUUUGCAACUGUAGGCGGAUGGAGAGAGACCUCGCAAACAAACCAGACCAUCAGUAAUUAAUAAAAAGGCGCUUCGGCGACCAGACCCGAGGCUCCAGCAGAAAGAACUGCAAUGUGAGGAGCCAGCAGACUGACCCGGCCCUCGAAGAGUACACCCGACCUAGGACAGACAGGCAGCUCCCAAGCUGUGCCCUCUCCUUCAGGGGAAGCCUCGCUCCCGACGGCUCCAGGAAGAAAAGGUUGCAGUUUGCAGGUAGAUCAAGUAGCUCAUUGCCUAAGAAGACGCCCAUGGACUGCAGCAGCAGAGGCUCUGGGAGCAGCCAGCCCAAAUCCAGCCCCGAGUCUGAUCCGCCGUUCCCCACUACGGCCGCUGCCCGGGACGCUGGCAGUUCUCCGGUCGCGCCCGGGCCAGGACCCCGGGCAGGGAGCGGGAGGCCGGCCGCUGCGAACGCUGCCCGGGAGCGUAGUCGGGUGCAGACUUUGCGGCAUGCCUUCCUGGAGCUUCAGAGGACCCUGCCCUCUGUGCCUCCAGACACCAAGCUCUCCAAGCUCGACGUGCUACUGCUGGCCACCACCUAUAUCGCCCACCUCACCCGCAGCCUUCAGGACGAGGAGGACGCGCCCUCAGACCCAGGGCUGGGAGCUCUACGAGGCGAUGGCUACUUGCAUCCGGUCAAGAAAUGGCCCAUGCGAUCAAGAUUAUACAUCGGUGCUACAGGCCAGUUUCUGAGUCAUUCUGUGCUAGAAGAAAAACCCACCCCGGGAGAUGCCUCAGCAGACUCACAACCUUAGUCUCCCUUCUGCUCUGUAAAGAAACUUCUAUUUAUUAGAAAGAUGUAAUGAAUACAUAUCUUCAGACAAUAGCAAUUAUAAUUUCUCAAAGCUUGUGAAUGAAACUAUAUACUGGUGCUCCAUUUUUUUGUUUCUAAGCUAAGUAGAUGUGAAAUUCAAUCAUUAUUCUAAUAAAAUCUUCUAUUCAGUGUUAGUCAUCAUAGCUUAGUAUAAUACAUAGCAUUAACAAAGCAACUAAGAUUCAUAUACAAUGAAAUAUGUAAAUAUUUGUAUGUGUAUAUAUGUUAUACAUACACACACAAAUUCCGCUAACUGUACUAUAUGUGAGAAAUGAAAAUUUGGUGUGUUUACUCAAUAACAAGCUGUGUCCAUAGUUCACUGACACUCCAGUUUUUAUGAAGAAUAGCUUAUUGGCUGGGAGUGAUCCAAUAAAACAUUUCAAUCAAAUGUGCUAUAGAAAUCAGUUAGUUCAUUAUAACUGCAUAUGUUUGACUAGAAAAACUCUUCAGAUCUAAUGAGGACACAGAGAUCUCCAUCUCUAGCUGUUUAUCCCAGUGAAAACCCACCUUGUUGACAGCAUGCUGUCUAGGCGGCGGUUUGGCGAUGCUCCCGGUGCUCUCUUGAAUAGUUUCCUGUCUUUCCAAGUGGUCAAAACUCCAAACCAACAUAAAUUCUACUUUAUGACACUGACUAUAUAACCUUCUCUUACUUCUUUCCUCUUAGCUACUAUGUGUCCACAAGAACCUAGAUAGUUCCAUCCCCCUGGUCCUAUUUCCCCAAGGUUCUGAGAACCUCCAGUCUGGGACUUCCCUGCAGUCUGGGUCUAAUGAACCAUAAGAUUUUUACUGUUUGCUCUAGGAACAAAAGGGAUGUGGGCAAAAUUGUGACAUAAGUAAAGUUUGUCUUUGGCACUUAACUACCCUACCCCCUGGCCCACCAUGAAUACUCAGUAUUAAGAUGUCAGGCAUCAGAGGGAAAGAUGCUUGGAGAAAAGAGUAUUCAUGAGAACCUCUUAUAUCAUAACACUUAUUCACUUAUAAUUCACUUAUAAUAAGGCAGGCAAGGUUCUUGAUUAGGGCAUUGUUUCAUCCCAGUACUAGAAAUGAUCCACUCCCUUGAGGGUGUUAUGAACCCCUGAAAGCAGGGCUAGGACCUUGUUUUGGUACUACAUAGUAAGCACUUAAUUAAAACUUACUGAUAGAUGGCACAAUGGAUAGAGCACCACACCAGCCCUAGAGUCAGGAGGACCUGCGUUCAAAUCUGUGAGACCCUUGGCAAGUCACUUAACCCCAAUUGUCUCUCACCCCCCCAAAAAAACUUACUGAUAAAUUUAUUGAUUUGAUGUAUCCCGGUUUUUAAUCUGUGGAUUCUCUGGCCAUUUCUAUAGGUCAAAACCCAUCUAGGCCUUCUCAGUCUAUGCAAUUCUUGUCUAUAAUGUCACAUUAACCUUCCACAUAAUAUCAACCCAAUGGGCUAGAUCAAGAUUCAGUCAAAAGGCCACACUUAAGGACUUAGAAGGCCACAUGUGGCCUUAAGACUGCAGGUUCCCCACCCCAGGCUAGAUUAUUGAUAAUUUUUAGUAUUCAAAUUAAGCAAAUUUGGUGGGCAGAGUUCUGUACCAAGUCGAUACACAUUUAUUAAGAGCUCACUAGUUGCUAGACACUAUGCUAAACUCUGGGAAUAUAAAUACAAGCAAAAAGGCAGUCCCUGCCUUCAAUGAACUCAUAUUCAAAUAGGGGAAGACAACACACAAAUGGAAAUUGUAAAGUAGGGAGCAAGGGCAGAGAAGGUCCUUGUGGAGGCAGCAUGGUGGAGAAAGAAGCCAAAGAGUCAAGAGCAAGACUUAGAAAGGAAUGAAAGAGUGAACAUGGCUGGCCUGGACACUUUCCUUAACAUGGAGGGCCCUCAAAGAACUGAUCAAUCAGGCGAAGGGGCCACAGGGGCUGCUGCAUUAUUGUGCCGAAAGAAGUCUGGAGAGUCAGGAGUGGGGCCCAGAGAGUAAUGAAGGAGUGUACCAAUACUGCCCCCUCAGGCUGCCCAUCUAUUGCCUGUAAUUUUCCACACAUCACCAAUCCACCUCCUUUCAUACAUAUCUUUGAUAGUGUCUUUUAUAUACCAAGUGGUUAUGAGUAAUAUAACUUGCUACAUCCCACCAUAUAGUAUCGCAUCACAAAGUAUGUUAUUUGUACUUGUAAUUCUUCCCAGAUUCUGUUUUCCCAUGAUUCCAAAAACCCUGAGGAACUAUCUAGGCAGGUUCUAAUCCACCAAGAUAUAACUCCAAAUGCAUGGAAUGACCUCUAAGCUGUCAGUGGCCAACCUGCUUCUGGAAUUGACUUGGUGGGAUGAUGGGAGCUGUCAUAUUGUGCUAUAGCAGUUCUGUGUCAAUCUGGUCACUGGUUUCAAUUCUCCACUGGGACAGAGGGAAGGAACAGAACCAGAAAGUAGUCUGAGCUGAGACAAUAGGAAAAACAACCAUGAUUCGUUAGAGGAUUUUGCUGGAAACACAGCACAAAUAGGAAUCUGUUCAGUGCUUUUCCCAUUUUCCUACCUAAGAUCCUUCCUGCUCCCUUUUCAUACCUACAAAGUCCUUUUUGUUUGUUGAUAGUCUUGGAUUUUUGAACCACUGGCUCUCAUUGCACAGUAGAGAAAUAUUCUAAUCACACACAUCUGGUUUGUUCCUUCCCUUCUUUUUCCUUAGGCAGCCUGGGCGCAUGAAUAUGGAACUGCUUAAAGACAGUCUGGGGGAAAGACUGACUACAGGCAUUACUUCACUGGUUUGCAGCGCUUAAAUUUCCUUGUGAUUUUAUAUUUUUAAAUGUGAAUGUAUGUUAUCUACAAAGUGACUCAAAUCUUGUCUUGUAAAAAAUGCAUAGCCUAUAAUAAGAUUCUUCCUAAGUGAUUAAAUGUAGUGAUAAUAUAUGUUUGUAUAUUUAAAUAUUGCACGUGUAUAUAUAGCCAUAUAUUGGAUGUAGCAUUGGAAUAAAAAGGUAGUCAAAUGUGGUUUAACUUUUCAAUGUGAAAGCUUAUGAUAAACAUGUCAGGAGGAGUCUGCUUUUUGUUUAAAGGAAUUCAUGUAAUUAUAAUAACUAAUUGGCUCACUGUGUGCUUCUGUCAAAGCAUUUUUCUAAAGCUACUCGCCUAAAAACCAGAUAUCAACCACCAAAGACAGCUUCAGGGCUGUGGUUUACUAUUGAUGGUAACUGAUGUCAUGUUAAAAAACAAUCUCAGUUCUGGAUUUUUGUAAACAUCAUACCUCAUUUUAAAACAAAUGUUCAACAGAAUUAGUACAGGGUUCGUGAGGCAUCUUUUAAUCAUGCUGUCAAACAUUCUGCGGAAGCUUUGUCAUUUAAAGAUGCUGCUUGUUGCUGUGUGACAAAGACCAUUAAAGGAAGUUAGCAUUGUCACUGAACGAUGGGCUAGAUUCCUACCUAUUACAAGGCCCAGAUUUGUGGAAUCUGGAAAGUGAAAUAGUCAUGGGGUGGGGGGAAGAGGUGCUCAGAGCAGAGAAUGCGAAUCCCUGCCUAGGUACAGAUUAAGAGAUGUGCCUAUGGGGGGCAGAGGAAUGGUAGAAAACACUAGCACAAGGACUCCUUUAGUACACACACACAUUUAUAUAUUUACAUAGACAUAUAUGUGUGUCCAUUUAUAUGUUACACACACACAUACAGAAUCCUGGAUAAUUUAAGGUAGAAACACUCUUUUUGUCAUUUGCUUAGAGAGAACUUGUUUGAAAUUAUUGGUGGUAACCGAUGCCAAAGGAAAAGUGUAAGCUGUUGCUAUUUACUGAAAAAUUAACAGGGGAUUUUAUUUCCUUGGUUAUAGCUUUAGCUAGACCAUGUGGUUCUUUAAAACCGAAGCUGAAUUUUAGUAAAAUUUAUUUUCCUGAAAACCACCUCAGGAGAGGCUAUGUUUCAGGAAGACUUGAGUUUCAAACCCUGCUUCUGAAAGAUACUGACUAUGUGACCACAUGCAAAUCACUUAACCUUUCAAUGUCCCAGGAGAUUCUCUAAGACUGGAAGUUUUAAGUCAGUUGCUGAUCUCAAUCAGUGGAUAGUGUCCAUAGUGGGAGUCCACAUUGGUGAAAGCACAGGGCCAGACCAGAACAAAAAGAACUUCAUUUUGCAUUUUUGCAAACAGCUUCCUGACCAUUCAUGAUGAGAAUGGGUAAUCAAUGUUCAUUUUCCACUGAGAUCAUUAUGCACUGAAAGUCCUAUACAGCAUCUAUUUUAAAGCAUUCACUUAAUCAGUAUGUGUUAAGUGCCUACUUUCUCCAAGGCACUGUGAUAUUCUCAGUGGGAUACAGAAUAAUGUGAAAAAAAUGGUCCUUGACCUCAUAGAGAUCUGACAAUGGCCUAGUAUUUUCAUUUUCUCUGUUGUUUAAAAUUUCCUUGGCAUUGGUUUAUUUAUCAUAGAAAGAUAUCCUGAGCAAGUAGCCAAGUGUCAUUAUGAGUGGUGACCAGCUCAAAUUUCUCCUAGGUAUAAGAAUAUUGAAUAAUAUUUAGCCUUAUUAAGGGAUGAAACAUAUUUGUCUGCAUAUGAAAUACUGUUUCUACCUCAAAUCAGUGGGGACCUAAAAAGAAAAUCAAACAAUGGUGUCCAGCUUGCAUUUGUUUGUUAAAACUUUUAUUUUGAAAGACUGUCACAACGUAUGUGUGCUCUCCCUAAAUGCCCAUAAAGUUCAAGUUACUUAUCAUUGUUAAUUGUGUAUUUCAGGC